AUGCAGUGUGUGUGGCACUCGACGGACCUCCUGCGUGAAAUCAUGUCCUUCCAACUCGGCGUGCCAUACGAUACCCAUACGCUCUUGCACGCGCUUCGAUCCCUCGUCUGGGACAACGCCGACGUCCUUGCAACGCUGCCGCCCGCGCUGGCGCCGAUCCACGACAUCUUUCCCGCGUGGUUCAAAGUCCAUGGUGCGCGCGGUCUCAAGCGCAUGCCAUUCAGCAUCGCUCUCGAACUCUUCUACUAUGGCCUCUACUACGGCCAUCUCGACGUCAUUCGGCACUUUUGCGACAAGCUGCCCGUCGACUAUGUCGAGUGGCACCUCGUCAUCAUGUCGGGCAACGUCGUCGCGGUCAAGUUCCUCCUCGACGCGUACCCGGAUGGCUGCUUCUUCCAAACCAUCGAGCGCGCCAUCGAACAUGGUCAUCUCGGCGUCGUCCGGGCGCUCCGAGCACACGGCGUGCCGUGGCCAGCGACCGCGUGGAAGGUGGCGAGCCAGCAUGGCCGCGCCGACAUUGCGUCGUACCUCGAUGCGUACAAGUGCCCGUGGCAUGAGCACUGGCGCGGCGAAGUUGCUGAAGCCGCGGCCGAAGGUGGCCACGUCGACGUUCUCCGCCCAGUGCGCAAGCGGGGCUUGAUCCUCAAGCUCACCAAGCCCUUGGACCACGCCAUGCUGAUUCUGUGCGACAACUGCGACGGCGAGUUUUCAAUGCCGCACAUUGGCCUCGAUGCUGUGCCACGCGGCGCGUGGUUCUGCCGCCACUGCCGGCCGCAGAUCACGGGGGCGUUGCCCGAGCCGUUGACCGACGACGACGACGACGACGACGAUGGCGACAAUGCGAGCUUGGGCAGCAAGAAGCGCCACGUCGGGUCCGAGUCGCCAAAGAAGAAGCGCCGGGUUUAG